AUGACAGACGUACCUUUAUCAUCGUCAUCGUCUUCACCGUCAUCACCUUUGUCUCCAGGUCGAGUAAUAAGCCCCUCCGAACACAGUGCGGUCAAUAUUGAUCACUACCCAACGGUCAGUGCUAAAUAUAAAGAACUUAAAGUGGACGACAUCCAGGCUCGACGUUAUCGUACUGCGUUCACCAAAGAACAAAUCUCGCGGCUCGAAAAAGAGUUUAGUCGAGAGAAUUACCUGUCCAGGCCCAAACGCUGUGAGUUGGCUGCUGAUCUUCAAUUACCUGAGAGUACAAUCAAGGUUUGGUUUCAAAAUCGCCGGAUGAAAGAUAAAAGACAACGUAUGGCAGUUACGUGGCCAUUCGGUGUUCCCGAUCCGAAUAUGUUUGCAUUCUUUGCUGCAAUGUCUUCCUAUCCGUACAGUUUGCCAACUGCCCAUGCACAACUUGGUUAUCACGCGCUUGGCUUACCACGAGUGCCGACUCCUACUUUAGCCAACCCUAUCCAGCCUCGAGCCGACCUGUUACAUACAAUACCAUCACCGUUGACGCGGUCCUUGUCACUUGAAGCGGCUGCAGCGGCGGCCGCUGCAGCCGCUGCACCGCCACCAUCUCAUUCUGUUCCCCCUCUACACUCGGGACUCAGCUGCGGGCUGAGUUUUCAAUCUCAUGCCUAUGCCUCACAGUUGAUGGGGGCCCAAAAUUUGGGCCUCUGUCCAGGAUCUACACCGGGUAAACCAUGCAACUGUCCACAUUCCUUAUCUGAACGUCUUCAUCACGGGCUCAUAAACCCGAGUUUUGGACUUUCAAACAUUCUAAACAAUUCCAGUUCGCAUUCGGUGGCUUCGAUUCAAAAUCAAAGCUGA